AUGCUCGUUAUUAUUCCUACGGCUACUACUACACCUGUGUUUACUGCCGCUUCUACACUAUCGCCACUGCGGCUCCUACUCUUGCUACGCCUACUAUUCUUACUACUCCUGCUAUUCUUACUGCUCCUGCUAUUCUUACUGCUCCUGCUAUUCUUACUGCUCCUGCUCCUACCCCUCUUACUUCUACGUCCUGCUCUUGCUACUCUUACUCCUACCGCUCUUACUCCUCCGCAUUCCGCAAUCCUCCCUAUUACUGCUUCUGCUCUCGCCACUUCCUCUAUCUCUACUAUCCCCGUCCUUCUUGCUGCUCUCGCUUUCCCCGCUGUUCCCGCUGUCUCUACUGCUCUCUUCUGCCCCUUACCUCCUACGCCUCCUCCACCUGCGGUAACUGCGGUUUCGGCGGCCGCUACCGCUCCUCUUGUCGCUGCUCUUACUACCCUCGCUACUUUCGCUUUCCUUGCUGCUCUUAAUAUCUUCGCUAUCAAUCCUACGGCUUCUGUUCUCGCUGCUUCUGAUACUCUUACUAUCUCUACUGUCCUUACUUUGUCCCCUGUCCUUAUAACUUGCACUGCUCUUAAUAUUCUUAUUACUACUCCUACUACCCCUGCACCUGUUGCCGCUUCUGCCCCUGCUAUCCUUGCUGCUUAUAAUAUCCUUACUUCUACCUCUUACCUCUUACAGCUUAUAUACACCUCCGGCUACUGCUAUUGCUACUGCUACUCUCCUACUUUCGCUAUCCUCGCUACUCUUACUGUCCUUACUAUCCUCGCUGUUCUUACUAUCCUCGCUGUCCUCAUUAUCCUCGCUGCUUCCGCUGUCCUUACAAUCCUCGCUGUCCUCGUUGUCCUCGCUGCUUCCGCUGUCCUUACAAUCCUCGCUGUCCUCGUUGUCCUCGCUGCUUCCGCUGUCCUUACAAUCCUCGCUGUCCUCGUUGUCCUCGCUGCUUCCGCUGUCCUUUCUACCCUUACUGCCCUUACUAUCCUCGCUGUUCCCGCUGUCCUUGCAAUCGCUACAAUUAACUUAAUAGUUAAUUCCCUUGCCGUUCGCCCCUUUCUUGCGCUGCCCUUGUUGCUCUUACUGUCCUCGCAAUCCUGCUUUCCUACUCUCGCUAUCCUCGCUUCUCUCACAGCUGAUCCCGCUAUCCAUACUUGUCAACGAGCGAGCCGGCUCGCUCAGCUCGCUCGGCUUGGACGUUUUGACCAAGCCGAAUGA